GGGAUGAACAGAGAGGAGGGAGAAGCACAUGAUUUGGAUGAAAGUGACUCAACAACACUCAGGUGUGGCCUGAAGACGUCGGGCCGUGGACUAGUCUAAGGCUCCGAACUUUCCUGAGUCAUCCCCCCCGGAACCAAGACGUCUGGAACGGUCAACAGAUCCUCGUAUUUCUUCGGACUGACCAAUUGCACAAGUCAUCGUUUUGGUGAUGGCAAUUUAUCAUUUUGUAGCACGACGCGUUUGAAAUACGCAUAGAAACUUAGCUACUCUAGAGGAAUUAUUCCUAUACCGUUAUCUAGCCGAGUUGUGUUUUGCGUUGAUCACAUUUCCAGGAGAAAGUAACUUUUAACUUCGUCUGUGGGCGAGCGGCUUGCUAACGGCAAUCCCCAAAGAUACCGGAUACAAACGAAUCUAGCCUCAGCUCAGACAGUCACUGCUGAUCCUAGCUGCUGAUAAUGUCCUCUGGUUAAAUGACGUUCUUUUUCAGGGUAUGGUCCAAACAAGGGAGCUGAGGAAAGCCUGAAACAAACCAAAUACUGUGAAGGCGUCCACCAUUUCUCCGCUCAGAGAGGAAGUGAAACCAAGGGAUUGAGACUGAAGCAGUUCAAUGGAUGAAAACGUUGCAUGGACUGUAGAUUGAAAGAGGAAGAACUUCAUCCUCUCAGGUUUUUGCUUUUGGUCUCUGCUUGUACAACCUUUCAGGCCCCUCUGCCUGUUAUUUUGUUUCUUGUAAGAGGUGCGUGAUAACUUGACACAGAGAUGACAGUGAGACUGUGGGAUAAGCAAAAGUGCUAACUGAGAAGAGCAGUGACUUGAAUCCUCACAUCCAUAGGCUACCCACUGGGAUAUCUAAGUAUUAGCAAAUCUAGCAACAACAAUCCGUCUACCUUGGACACAGACCAACAACUGAGCACUUUCAGACACUCAUGGAUGUAGUGACUGACUGCCAGAACGCAAUUUGAUGAGGAUAGUCUCUUUGCCCUUGUGUAGAGUUUAACGUGUCAGAAGUCCUUCACCGUCUGUCACUGCAGCCCAACUUUAAGGGGGAAAAACACUUUACUGGACUGAUGGAAAGAGAACGUAGGUAAACCUGUGAUGAGUCGGAAUGUGGUGCUGCAAAUAACUGGGAAUCCCCUACUGGAGUUAGUGGGAGGAACUGGAACUGAGGUGGAACCAGAACCAACCGAGGCCUAAGCACGACAACGGAAUGCCAUGUACUAAACUGGAAAUACACUUGAUUUAACUGGUAAUUAUUGCACUUGCGAGGUAACAGGAAUAGUUUGUAAUAUUGAGUAAGAAUUCUGGACUAGAACUGAUCUGGGAAAUCAAAUGGAAAUCAAAUUGCAAUGUAAGUGUUUUGUGGAUGUUUUCUGUACGAGAUCUUCUUCCAUUCUGAACUGGUAGCUUUGGGGGGGAGACUGUUUCAUCCUGGGAUUUGGGAAGACUGGAAUCUGUUCCUGUGGAACUGCAUUUAUUGGGAGAGGAUUACUGAAACCAAGAGCACUGUCUGCAGAAAUGGCGGGGCCGGGAAAGGACUACAACCAUCUCUUCAAACUGCUCAUCAUUGGAGACUCCAAUGUAGGGAAAAGCAGUCUACUACUACGAUUUGCAGAUAACUCCUUCUCUGGUAGCUACAUCACUACGAUCGGCGUGGACUUUAAGAUCCGUACGGUGGACAUCGACGGGGAGCGAGUCAAACUGCAGAUCUGGGAUACGGCGGGCCAGGAGCGCUUCAGGACCAUCACCUCAACGUAUUACAGAAAUACCCACGGUGUGAUUAUUGUUUACGACGUCACCAACCCAGAGUCGUUUGUGAACGUGAAGAGGUGGCUUAAUGAGAUCACUCAGAACUGUGACAACGUCUGUAAGAUCCUAGAUGUUUAUGGCUUUCACACACAUGGUCCUUCGGACAAAGAAGCAGAGUCAGAGUCGUGCAGAGAGAGAGCGGGAACGAGAGAAGGAAACGGUCGACAUCAACUCUCACAGACACAGAGAGAGGAGGAAGAGGGGGAAGAAGUGUUGCUGAGAGGGAGAGAAAGGAAGGAGAUUUUCUAAGAACAGGACAGACCAAUGGAGAGUCGAGCGUCUAAAGUCUGUCUGCACUCAUGGGGAAAGAGCCAGGACAUUACAUGUUGACAUUGCACUGAGACAAGAUUACGAGAGGGUAAGGACAGAGAACCACUGUUACGUGCCGAAUUUUUACCCUAGCAGUUAUUUUUUAUGAAUGCAUAUUAAUGUCAUUUUAUCAUUAAAAGGGAAACUGGAUCCCCACUGUGUCAAACUGUCAUUAAAACCCCUAAUUUAGGAAAUACACUAAUGACUUCAAAAGUGACUAGAAUGAUGUAUCUGUCUUAUUUGUAAUGAAAAAGACUGUCGUGAAAAAUGUAACAUGUCUAAAUAAACAGAGAGCAAUAAAGUU